UCUCUUCCUCCACCGCUGCAGCCUGACUCUGACACAACCGGCAUGUCUGCAAACUGAGAGCCGCACAGGAAGACACACAGAGAGGCACAAUCACCCCUUUAAGACGCACAACUUGUGUUUUCCUUCUCUCCGCUGAAGCAGAAGAAGAAGGGUGGUUAUAACACUGCGACGAGGCUUUUUUUUUUAGGGAUAAAGACUUGGAGGAGGAUCAAAACAAGGUCUGUCCCCGAUAACCUGACCACUGAAGGAAGAGAACACAGAACUGCUUCAUCAUGAAUUUUGUAAUGAAAGCUGCGAUGGGAGGUGGUCCUCCUGAUGUGGGCAAGAUGCUGGGUGGGGAAGAGAAGGAGGAGGACCCCGACGCAGCCAAGAAAGAAGAGGAAAGACAGGAGGCCCUGAGGCAGCAAGAGGAGGAGAGGAAGGGCAAAUAUUCCAAGAUGGAGGCUGAGAGGGAAAGCAUGAGGCAAGGCAUCAGAGAUAAGUAUGGCUUGAAAAAGCGCGAGGAGGCCGAGGCUGAGGCAGCAGCUGCUGCGGAGGAGCCUGCAGAGGGCAGCUUGACUCGACCCAAGAAGCUGGUGCCAGCCGGCUGUGGCGACGAGGAGGAAGAGGAGAGCAUCAUGGACACAGUGAUGAAAUACCUGCCAGGCCCGCUGCAAGACAUGCUCAAGAAGUAGGCUAGCUCGCUAGCUAAUGCUAACGUUAUCUAGUUUAGUUCAAAGGCUACAUUCACAUGGUUGGCUUGAAUCAGGAUUUUUUUCCACCCACAUGACAGAUGAGAACAAACAUUGCUUUGAAAGUACAUACAAUACAAUUUAAUCCGGCGUGGUGUUUUGGUUUCCGGAAUAAGUUUUAUGGUGGGGAAAUUAAUCAGAUGUGAACCAGCAGUGUGAAUUGCAGCCAUUAGACGGCCAGGUAUACGUUAGCUUGACUGAUGUUAACGUUGGCUAUUUUACACUAAUGAAGCUAAUAGCAAGUGGAGGGGCUAAAAAAACACAAUGUUAGAUGGUUUAUCCUUCUAGUUCGAGACGUUUUAAACUCCUUUGUCUCCUCUGCAGAGGUCUCUCGCAGCACUGAAAAAUAAUAUCCUUGUCCACCUUGUUCACCCAAUUUGUACAUAAGUAAAUGAAUACAUUACAAGCCUCAAGGUGGACAAACAAUCAUAAAAUAUUAUAUGAAAUUAUUAUACUAACUGUGUGUCUGUCUCUAAAAUAAAAAUAAAAAGAUGUGAUAACUUGAUAAGCCAUAUUUUAAAAAGGAAAUUUAAAGACUACCGUUGUGUGCUCCUAAAGCUACUGUUUUGUGUUCGACCAUGUCUGAAACUUAUGUUAAAACAUUUUGCACACAGUGUUACACAUUCUGUGUCAGACCUGCUGUCUAUCUCCCCUACACAUAAGUGUAAUAACAUUCAUGGAGUGUAGUGUUUAAAAAUGUUUCUAUUCCCCUUGUUCAGUGCGUCUCCUUUUUAUGUCUUGCAUGCCAUUUGUCUGGACACGUUUGUGGUGUGAAUAUGUACAAACUCAACCCACCCUGCCCCUUUUAUCCUCUUCUUUAUCAUGCAAAAAAUAUUAAGGCAAUAACUCCUAAGUUUUAGUGUGUUUUCACUACCAUGUCGAUAUAACCGUUAAUAAUAUCAGUAAUGAAAAAAAUUAUAUGUAUGCAUUCAGGAAAUUUCAUUUACAGGUUUGCAGGGUUUCUUUUUUGAUGUCUCAUUGUUUUGAUGAAGAAUGACCGUGUAGCCGUUCAUACAACAGCCAAAACCUUAAGCUUUCAGCCAUAAAACCAGAACUUACAGUAUAUAUAUAUAAUAUUACUAUCAGGAUAUACUAGUAGAGAGAGAAUAAUGAAUGAAUCUGUAUGAAUAAAGAAAAUAUAUGUAUUUAUAAUAAGCAGUAUAAACUUGAAAGUGGACUAGAAGUCUGGAUUUUGCAUCAUGUGAAGAUUUGCCAGAAAGAGACCACCCUCCCUCAAUACACAAUUACACACACAGCAAGUUUGGCUACUACUAUAUUACUACAUUAUUUAGUUUCACAGCAAAACCAGACGGGAAGUGAUGCUUGAUUCAGUUCUACUUGUUGUUGGUUUAGAUGUAAGAAUGGGCCGCUGAGCGCGACGUGGAAUGCCAUUGAGCAAUAAAGGAUUAUCAUGUAUGUUUCUGCCUGAGAUUCAAUAAAAACCUAAAACCUUGUUCACAGA